AUGUCUUUAACCCCUCGUUUUCUCGAUUCUAUAUGGUUCAUUUCCCUCUAUUCAGCUCUAUUUCAGCACCAUUUCGCAUUUGCAACUUCAAAUUCAUCUGGUCGAACCCUAAGGGCUGUCCUUAAUGAUUCUCCGAGCUCUCCUUUGUAUCUUGUUGGAAACUUGACGAGAACCGAAAGAAUAGGAAGAUUGAUCAAAGUUACCAAUGCUCGAAUCGAUUACCUAAAUAAACUCUCGAAUUUUACCACAAAGGUAGGCGAAAACAAUAUUCGACUACCAUUAUAUCUAGAUGGUUUAAUCUAUGCUGUGGGGUUCACAAUUGGAAGCCAACACCACCCGGUGAAGCUGUUGAUGGACACCGGUGGUUCUCUAACUUGGACCCAAUGUCAGCCAUGCUCGGGUUGUUUCCCACAAACUCUUCCCAUUUAUGAUCGUAGAGCGUCGACCACUUACGCUACACUUCCUUGCAGCCAUCCUUUCUGCAGCGGCGAGCAAAGACACUACAAUUGUGUCAACGACGUAUGUGUCUACGAUGUUACAUACGGAGGCGGAUCGUCUACCCAAGGCGUCGCGUCGUUGGAGACGUUCGACUUCUUCGUCAACCAACAAAUGCAUGCUUUCCCCCAAUGUCCUCUUCGGCUGCUCCGACGCCACGGCGAGCAAAGACACUACAAUUGUGUCAACGACGUAUGUGUCUACGAUGUUACAUACGGAGGCGGAUCGUCUACCCAAGGCGUCGCGUCGUUGGAGACGUUCGACUUCUUCGUCAACCAACAAAUGCAUGCUUUCCCCAAUGUCCUCUUCGGCUGCUCCGACGCCAGUAGUGACAUUAGCUUCGAGAACAGCGAGAUUUCAGGAAUCUUCGGAUUAAGCUUGGGACCGGAUUCGAUUCUAAACCAACUUUCUCAUUUCAUCGGCUACCGAUUCUCCUACUGUUUUGCCCCUUUCAGCGGCGGAAUACCUCAUCCGCUCCUCGUUCGCUUCGGGGAAGACAUUCCGCCGCUGCACAACGCUCAAACGACGAUGUUCGUGCAACCGCCGUUCCGGGUCUAUUUCUUCUACAUGGAAUUGAUGGAAAUAAGCGUCGGAAAUUACCGUAUAAACUUCCCACCGUAUACGUUUGAGAUCAGGGGAGAUGGGAGUGGUGGUAGCUUCAUAGACUCGGGAGCCAUGAUAACUCAAAUCGAUGCCAACACACCUGGGCUCAACGCUUAUGAAGAAGCCUUCAAACAAGACGGGGAAGGAUUUGAUCUCUGUUAUGAUCUUCCACCUGGGGGUUACGAUAAUUUUGCACCUUUAACAUUCCAUUUUAAUGCUGCCGAUUACACCGUUGAUGGGAAAUUUAUGCAUAGUUUCUACGAUUCUCAUUUCUGCGUGGCGCUGCUAGGAAAGGGAUCGAGUUCGACUGUACUUGGUGCUUGGCAACAACAAAACAAACGUAUCGUUUAUGAUGGUCAGAUCGCCGGACUCCGAUUUGCCGACGAAGAUUGCAUCCAUGACGUUUUCUGA